AUGGUUGCAGAUGAUGAGAAUGCUGGCCCAAGAGCCACUACGGAUCCUCAAACAAGUGGCGAGUUGUCAAGGUCCAGAGCAGUAACCCUCAUAUCUGAAGAAUUCAAGCGGAGUAUCAACGAUGAUAAUGGAAUGAAACUGGCAAACUGCAACUUGCACUCUUUUCCUACAGAGGCUAUUGAAAUGAUCAAGGAUAGAACUACUCGGUUGUCUUUGCAGGAUAAUGUACUAAGCUUUCUUCCAUUGUAUUUCAACCGUUUGUCCCAGCUAACUUGCCUUGAUCUGCAUGGAAAUAGCUUUCAAGAGUUUCCCUUGGUGUUGUGUCUACUGCAGAAACUGGAGGUUUUGGAUAUCAGCUCAAAUCAAAUCAGAACACUUCCCAAGAAUGUUAGUAAUUUGACAUCCCUAAAAGUUCUCUCUUUACAGGAUAAUGCCCUGGAGACCCUCCCUAGUAGCGUCAGCAAGAUGGUCAAUUUAAAAGUGCUUGAGUUGUCAGGAAAUCCUAUGAAGUUUCCAACUCUAGAGAAUAUUCAAAUAUGGCAGCAACAAACGAACAGAGAUUGGCUUGAUAGCUUGAGGUCGUUUCUGAGUGGUCAUGGAGAAGAAAAGGAAGACUCUAAUGAUUCAGAUGAUGGGCUACUCAUACGCAGUAGGAGCAACAGUGAAAAUCAUAUAUCAACGCGGGCUGCUAAGAGAAUGGGUUUUGUCAUCAAGAAACCCGUUAAUAGUGAAUCAGCCCCUUUGCAAACGGCAAAACCUGUUGAACAGGACACACAGAAUAAUAACACAACUACAACUACCACUAUCACCAAUAAUACGGCCAGCACAUCUGCUCUGCCUUCCGUUCCACCACCUCCUCCUCCCUUAUCCAUUAAUACGACAAGCUCUGUGAGCAAUGCUCAGUCUAUAACUACUCCUACGAUUCCCACAGCUAUUAACCCAACUAUUGCAGCAAGAUUAUCCCCCAAGGAUUUUUCGGGCAGUAAAAAGUCCAAUGUCACUCCAAGAAACAGAUCUCACACCUUUGGCACCUCUGAAGGAAAUGGAACUAUUUUCAAUCAUGAGAAGAAGUCAAGUGCAUAUUUUAAGCGCCUUUCAACCCUUCCUGAGGGUAAGGGCUCUUCCCUAACUCAAUCAAAGUUAUUUGAAAUAUCUAACAAGAUCGUGUUCUCCCUAACCGAAGCUCAUAAUGUGGUUCAAAGAUUUUGUGACUAUUGCGAAGAUGCCAAACUAUCCUCAAGAAUGGAAUGGUAUUUGAAUAGUUCAGAUGAACAUUUUGGUGGCCUCGUAGGCUACCUUGAACUAUUGCAGCAGGUCCCAUCUCCAACUCCAACGAGCCUAACUGACAAUGUCAUCUCAUCCGUUUCCCACUGUUUAAGUUCAUUCAAACAAAUCGUUGUAUUUUUGAGAUCAAGGCUGGAUUCGUUUACGGACAAGGCAAACGUAUUGGUCUUACGCCAGGCUUGCUUGAGGCUUUUCGGUUCUUGUGCUGAGUUAGUGAAUUGUUAUCAGAUUCUCAAUCCAAGUUUCAAAGCUAUACCUCCAAAGCAGCCAGCCCGAACUAAGCCUCUCCGCAUUGAUACUACUGCUACAGCAGGUGAAGAUUUGCCACAAACAGAUGUCAAGGACCUGAAAGAGCAAGAUGAACUCCUCUUUGAGUACAUUGGCAACGCUACUUCAGCGGCUCAAGUUGUUUUCAGUCAACUAAAUGCUGCCAUCUCGAAGAGUGCAAUAGCCUCUGCCCAAGGAGAGGAGUCUGGGUCUGUAAGUAAUGUAGUUGCCCUCAAGGUGAAGGAUCUGACGAGUACAUGCGUUUCAGCCAUGGAUGUCACCAGGAGACUACAUUCCCGAUUGGCAACCAUUCGUCAAGAAGAGUCCCUAGUGGAGGUGCGCAAGUUUUGGGACGAUACCAAUUACUUUUUAAAGGUUAUUAUCAAUAUUUUGGCCUCUACUAAGAGUGCCAUGGCGGACCUUCCAAUGUUAAAUGAUGUGAGAUCUUCAAUGGCUACUUUAACGAAAGCAACGAAGGACGUUACUAUCCGGCUAGAAGAAAGUUCGUUUAGACAUUUGAUCCGAGCAAAUGAGUUACCUGCCUUGUCCACCACUACGCAGUUUAACAGUAACCCUCCGCUGUUAUCAUCAAUUCCGUCUACAACUGUGUUUUCUGGAGUGCAUGAUGGUACACUUUCCGUUAGCACGCCAUUGACAGCGACUUUAGUUCCAGGAAAGGCAACACAUCCCACAAAAUCAUCAGGUAAUCUAUUUGAGGAAACAUUGAGAAUGGAUAGUGAGAAGAAAAGUUGA